AUGACCACCAGAUCAAAAUCUGGCAUAGCUAAACCAAAACUUGUUCUGUCCCUUAACAUCACCACCAAAUCACCACUUCCAAAAGGUCACAACCAUGCCCUACAAGACCCUAAAUGGAAUCCUGCUAUGACUGAUGAAUCUGGUGCCAUGAUUAAGACUAAAAGUUGGAAUUUGGUUCCUCGGCCCCCUAAAGUCAAUAUCGUUCACUCAAUGUGGCUUUUCAAACACAAAUAUGAUGCCAAUGGAGCUCUAAUGCGCCACAAAGAAAGACUUGUAGCGAAUGGGAAAUCGCAGGAACAAGGGGUUGAUUACGACGAGACUUUCAGUCCGGUUGUAAAACCUGCUACAAUAAGAGCCGUUUUGGAUGUUUGA